AUGAAGUACUUAGCUGCAUACCUUUUGAUCCAGGUUGCUGGAAGAGAUGAACCAUCCGUUCGUGAUAUCACCCAAGUUUUGGAGGCUGUGGGUACCGAGGUUGAUGAGAAGAGAAUCGAGCUCUUGUUAUCUUCUAUCAAGGGCAAGACUAUUGAGGAACUAAUUGCUGAAGGUGCUAACAAGCUGGCUGCUAUUCCAGCUGCUGGUGCUGCUGCUCCAGCUGCUGCAGGUGCUUCCGGAGAUGCUGCCUCUGCUGAGGAGGAGGAGAAGGAAGAAUCCGAGGAAGAAGAGGAAGAUGAUGUUGACAUGGGAAUGGGCUUGUUUGAUUAA